AUGGUAGCCAAGCUCGGAUAUUGGAAGAUUAGAGGCCUCGCCCAGCCAAUUCGUUUGUUGCUGGAAUUUGUGGGUGAACCGUACGAGGAGGUUCUCUACGACGAGGGCGAUAAGGAGAAAUGGCACAGUGAGAAGUUCAACUUGGGACUGGAGUUGCCCAAUUUGCCGUAUUACAUUGAUGAUCACGUGAAAUUGACGCAAUCUCUGACCAUUUUGCGCUACAUCGCAGAGAAGCACGGACUGAGCACAGUUGGCGUGACUCCAGAAGAGAGAGCACGAAUUUCAAUGAUCGAAGGAGCUGUGAUUGAUCUUCGCUUUGGUUUGGGUCGAAUAGCUUAUAGUCCACAAUUUGAACAGCUAAAGGUGGACUAUUUGAAGAACUUGCCGUCCAUAUUACAAAUGUGGUCCAAAUUCCUAGGAGAGCGGAAAUACCUGAUGGGUGAUUCGGUCACUCAUUUGGAUUUCUUGCUCUACGAAGCGCUGGAUGUCCACAAACAUUUGGAAAUGCAUUGUCUUGAUCAAUUCACCAAUCUGGUCCAAUUCAUGCACCACAUUGAGGAGUUGCCGAAGAUCAAGGCUUACAUGGGAUCGAGCCGGUUCAUCAAGUGGCCGCUGCAUAUGUGGUUUGCGCCUUUCGGUGGCGGUCAUGCCCCUCCAUCCUAA